AUGCCGCGAAGACGCCGGGCCAUCCAGCCGAUCCAGCCCACCCCCGGAGCAAAGUCAGGUCGGAGCAGGAAUUCUGCGCUCGAUCUCCCGGACAUCGACGAUGACGAGCCUACUGCGCCGCGGUUUUCUAUGCCCCUCGAUGAUAUGUAUGAUGAUGAUAGCUUCAACGAGGAACCGCCGCGGCAAUCUAUCCUCGCACCACUGCCGGAGUAUGACUACGACAAUGGGACGGUGCAGUCGAUUGAGUUUGGGCGACGGGCGAGAAGCGAGGAUCCGCGCUUGGAUCGCAUGUUCAACAAGAGGAUUAGCGAGCAGUAUGGGGAGUUGAAUGAUCUGACCAUCAACGGGGAAGAUUACGAACUUGACGGGAACUUCAUCAACCGCAGAGGGACACUUCUACCGAACGAUCUUUUGGAGCAGGUUGCCGAAGAGGACCUGGAUAAUACUACGACUGAGAUUCGGGCGUUGACGGGGAGAAGAGACGGGAGGCCGAGCGAUGUUGACCUGGGCGUGUUUGGGGAUGUGGAUGAUGAGGAUGAGGAGCCAACGUUUCGGUUUACUAUUCCGCCACGUAUGCAUGUCCCUGUGGAGGACGAGGGAGACGAAGAAGAUGAAGUCGACAUGUAUAACGAGACUCAACGAAGACUCAACGAGACCAUCAUCGAAGACGACGAGGACGUAGAAAACGACACACGAGCCGGCGCCGAACUAGUCAACGACGACGAAACCGCCCCGGUACUCGCCGAUGACAACGAAACCGGCCCCUUUGAGAUCGCAGGCUGGGAAUCCGAGCCCGACGCCGAAGACGACGACGAAGAUCUCCAAGCCUACCGCGGCGAAGUCUCCGCUAUAGAUCGCAGCCUGCAAACACCCGCGCCCGAGACUCCAGCCAAGAAGCGCGCAGGCCGGCAACGCAAAACGCUGAAUAUUUCUCGCUUCGGGCACGAGUACCCUUCCUUCCCGGCCGCUACCGUCAAAACACUUGCAAAUGGGUUCAUCAAGUCCCAAGGCAGCAAGACCAAGAUCAGCAAGGACACACUGGCGGCACUGGUGCAGACGUCGGAUUUCUAUUUUGAGCAGGUAGGCGAGGACCUCGCUGCCUAUGCGCAGCAUGCGGGACGGAAGAUGAUCGAAGAGGGCGACGUAAUUGCUCUUCUGAAGAGGACUCGCCAGGUUACAGAUAGUAGUACAGUUUUUUCUCUGGCGCAGAAGUUGCUACCGAGAGAGCUGCUUCAGCAGCUGCGCAUGGAGCCGUUGCCGAAGCUAAGGAGGCAGAAGCGGAAACGGAUGGAGACGAUAAGGGAAGAGGAUGGGCAUGAGUGA